AGGGAAGCUUUUGAGUCCGGUCGUUCCCUCAGGAGUUGUUCCUUUCCCUGAGCUUGACUCACUGGUCCGUCGCCACGCUCGCGUUCCUCUCAGUUCGCAGGCUCCCGCCGCGCUGCUCGCCUUUCCGUACAGAAAGAUGGCAUCGCCCGCCUGCGAGACUCCCGCUUUUCCGUACAAAACCAUGGCACCUCCCUGCACGGAGCAGGCGCCGCCGAGGGAUGCGCUACCCACCCGACUUCCCGACGCUCCGGAGCGGCCGCUUUGGCUAUUGCCCACCGGAGCCGGGCAGGGAGGACCGCCCGCAGCGCGGCGAGAGAUGCGCUCUCGGAGGGGCCGGGACUGAACCGCCUCUGCCCGCCGCGCAUCGCUCUCGCCUCCGACCUGAUUCCCUGCGGCAGGGUUCAAACUUAAUUGAGAAUGUCUGAAAACCUUGGCAAGUCCAGUAUAAAAGAAGCAGGAAAAUCAAAAGAUUCUCAGCAAGGCCUUGAAGAGGCUGUGGAAUGUUCCGAUGAAGCCCCACAGAACCAGGUCAAGUUGGAGUCUCCCAGUCACCACAAAGUGCGAAGACCUCACUCCAGUCCUGCGCGAUUUGUGACUGCGGAAGAGCUUCUGGAGACAGCCAAGGAAGUCACUAACAUGGCUCUGGCCCAUGAAAUUGUCGUGAAUGGCAACUUUCGCAUUCAACCAGUAGAACUGCCAGAAGACAGCUUGGAGAAGAGAGUCAAGGAGAUUGUACAUAAAGCUUUUUGGGAUUGCUUGAGUGCGCAGCUAGGCGAAGACCCCCCGACGUAUGACCACGCCAUCAAACUUGUCGGAGAAAUCCAAGAGACUCUUUUAUCUUUCUUGCUGCCUGGUCACACUAGACUGAGAAACCAGAUAACAGAAGUCUUGGAUCUGGACCUGAUAAAGCAGGAAGCAGAGAAUGGGGCCCUAGACAUUUCCAAGCUGGCAGAGUUCAUUAUUGGCAUGAUGGGGACACUGUGUGCACCUGCUCGAGAUGAAGAAGUUAAGAAACUAAAGGACAUCAAGGAAAUAGUGCCCCUUUUCAGGGCAAUCUUUUCCGUGUUGGACCUGAUGAAAGUGGACAUGGCCAACUUUGCAGUCAGCAGCAUCCGGCCGCAUCUCAUGCGGCAGUCGGUGGAGUAUGAGAGGAAGAAGUUUCAGGAGCUUCUGGAGAGGCAGCCAAAUUCCCUGGACUUUGUCACCCAGUGGUUGGAAGAAGCCACAGAUGACCUGGUGACUCAGAAGUGCCAGCCUGCCCUGCCAGCCCCAGAAGGAGUGGCUGGCUCCAGGGAACCUCCCGCACUGAGCCCUGCUGCCAUCCAGAACCACGCCUACCUGAGGCUUCUCAAGUGGGACCACCUCCGGAGACCAUUCCCUGAAACAGUGCUGAUGGACCAGUCCCGCUUUCAAGAGCUGCAGCUUCAGCUUGAGCACCUGACCGUGCUGGGAGCCGUGCUGCUCGUUACGUUCAGCAUGGCGGCCCCAGGGCUGUCCAGCCAUGCCGACUUUGCAAAGAAACUCAAGAUGAUCGUGAAGAUCUUGCUCACAGAUAUGCAUUUGCCGUCCUUCCACCUGAGGGAUGUCCUCACCACCAUCGGGGAGAAGGUCAGCCUGGAGGUGAGCCGCUGCCUGGCACUGUGCGGGGCUGACCCUUGCUCCCCGGGCAAGGAGACGGCGCUCAGGGGCCAGAUCCAGGCUCUGGGCAGUCCCGACAACCCCAUCCGCAGGCUCAUGGAGUCCCGCAUCCAGACCUUCCUGGAGACCUGUCUGGCCUGGGGUCAUCAGAAGCAGUUGCCCGAGGUCCCUGGAGGGCUGGGGCCCGUGCAGAAGGAGCUGGAGGAAGUGGCUAUUAAAUUUGUUCGCCUGGUCAACUAUAACAAGAUGGUCUUCUGCCCCUACUACGACAGGAUCCUCAGUAAGAUCCUCAGCUGAUCCUAAUAUGCACACCCCGGGUGGCGGCAGUGUCACCCUCUCGCCUCUGAACACCUGUCCUCAACUAUAACGUUGCUUUGGAAAAUGGC